UAUUAAUAGGUCGGCUCCUCUAUAGGUAACCUCGCAUGGCAUGGAUGGAGUUCGCCCCGUAAACCGUUACAGAAUCCGGGGAUUGCAUGACGCGAGCCCCCAAAACGAUAAUACCGCCGACCCGGACAGCCCAACCCUUCCUUUGCAGCCAGCUGAGCCAGGCCCUUCCACACCCUACGAAGGACAAAAGCAGACCACCGUACCCCGGAUAUUCCCAAAGUCUAACCCCAGCCCAGUCAUCAUCAGCCUACGAGACUAACCCCAGUCAGGCCAACCGGAAAGGACCCAAAUGAGGGGAAGGGGACGGCAAAUGAUUCUGGCCCGAUCACGGUGACGAACCUCGGGUAUCGACGCAUCUGAAAGGGAGGGCUGACCAGCUCGUUUUCGUGGGCGGGCUCCCUCCUUUUUCUUUUCCCCCUGCGUCGGAUCUCCCCGCGGGGGAGAAGCGAGAUGAGAUCACGAUCAUCCGCCUGGUCUUGCAGGACUGGACUGGACUGGACUGGGCCAGCAGAGUCCGUGUCCCGUUGGGGUAAGAUUGGCUGCGCAGGGAUAUGAUUCCCGAUCGACACGGCAACACACUGCUGACCGACCGUGUUGUCCGACUGAAGAGGACCGUAGUCCCAUGUUUCUGGACCAUAUGUACGCUGUUUGUGUUGAGG